AGGGGCGUAACUACAAUUAGGCAGGGGGAGGCCGUUGUCUCCGGGGCCCCCGCCUUGGGGGGCCCCUCAGAGGCUCUCUCCCACCCGAUCUUCCCUUUGAAGUCAUUUAAAAAAAUUCUCCUCCUUGUUCUGGCGCUAUUUCCUUGUUGUUUGUCUCCGCGAGUCCACCCUUGGAGGGGCCCCUCAGAGGCUCUCCCCACCCAGCUCCUACCCGAUCUUCCCUUUGAAGUCAUUUAAAAAAAUUCUCCUCCUUGUUCUGGCGCUAUUUCCUUGUUGUUUGUCUCCACUUGUCCACCCUUGGAGGGGCCCCUCAGAGGCUCUCCCCAAGGUGUUAUCUAUACCUUGCAACUAGUUGGGAUAGUUAGCAGAGACAUCGGGCCAGAGGAAGGAGAGAUGCUGUAAGCCUCAAAAUGAUUGAAGACCUUAAGAUGCAGCUAGAGAAUAUCUCCCAGGAGGUGGCUCUUCUAAAGGAAAAGCAAGCACUUCAAACAGUUUGUCUGAAAGGCACCAAAGUCAACCUCAAGUGUUUCCUCGCCUUUUCCAAUGCAAAGACCUAUCACGAGGCCAGUGAGGACUGCAUUUCUCAAGGUGGCACCCUCGCCACCCCUCAAACAGGGGAUGAGAACGAUGCUCUCUACGACUACAUGAGGAAGAGUAUUGGGCCCGAAAUGGAAAUCUGGCUUGGCAUUAAUGACCUGGCCUCUGAAGGAAGGUGGGUGGACAUGACAAGCAGAAGCAUCACCUACAAGAAUUGGGAAACAGAGAUCACCACCCAGCCAGACGGCGGGAAGCUGGAAAACUGUGCAGCUUUGUCCGGAGUUGCUGUUGGCAAGUGGUUUGACAAGAGAUGCAGGGACCAGUUGCCAUAUGUGUGCCAGUUCAUGAUUGUUUAAUAGUAGGUCUCCUAGUGUGGAAGAGGCAAGACAUUUGGGGCACCGGGAAUAGAGCUUUGAGUGUGCUUGUGUGUAAAUAUAUACAUAUGUGUACAUCUGCAAAGGAUGUGUGCGUAUGUAUAUAGACACACACAAUCUCUUGGUAAUGGAUUAGAAUGACUUACAUCUAUGCUGAAUUUUAAUUAGCUGAAAGCUACACCCAACUUGUUAAUAGCUGCAUUAUUCGCUCUAAGAUACGAGUUACAGAUAUAUAUUUUUACACCCAGAUUUUAUUAGGAUGGCUUCAUUGUCUGAGCAACAUUCAAACUUUGCCAAGACAAUAUGACACUUAAGACUCAUUAAGUUUGUCCUUGCAUGUCAUUUUCUUGCAGCCCCCUUUUUUCUUCUUGCCGAUUGCACCAAAUUAAACCACCUUUUGCUGAUUUGUUCUUAUUAUCAGCUAUUGGACUGAAAAUGUGUUGGUGUUUUAUCAUUGCCUGCUUUCAUUUCAUGUUACACCUGCCUUAUUGCCGAAUAAUUAGCCCACAUCAAUUGAUUUAGCACCUUUUAAUCACUGACAUUAGAGGUAAGCAGAGCUGUCUCAGCCUCAUCUAUAACACUGCACACUGCUGGUGUAAAGAGGGAAAGCAAGAGAGAAGCCAACAAGCAAUUUUGUUAUUUUGUGUAAAAAAACAAAACCCAAAAAAUAUUGCAUCCGCUGGCAGGGAGUACUACAGCUGUGUGCUACAGUAACCUCCUUCUGGUCACAUCCAACUGAAAUGCAGACAUUGGAGAAGGAAUAGCAGGAAGGGGGAGCAGAAGAUCUAACAGCAAGAGAUUCUAUCAUGUUGUGAAGGGUUACUACAGCUCCAGUCUUCCCCCAAGUAAUCUAAACUGUAGUAAAGUGGGAAGAUGCUCAUAUUUCUGUAGGGGUUGGAUGUAGUGAAUGCCUUCCCAAGACAACAGAGCCAGCAGAGUGCCUCCCUGCCCCAGGAACAUGAGUGCAUCAGGCAACCUGAUUCAGAAUUUAGCCCUUUCUAACAGGGCUUGCUCAUUUGCACACCUUGGUCACUUGCCCACAUAGUGGAGAAAGCUCCUGUUCAUUGUAAAGGAUGUGUGUGCAGACUAGCUUUCUCCAUUUAAAUGAGAGGGGAAGAUGUGUGUAAUGUAUAUCAAUUACCAGUGUUUGGAACAGAUCAUUCAACUGAGACUAGUUUUCUUCAAAAAUCCACUGGAAAAAUUCCUGAAAUGGCUACUUUGACCUGACAGUGUACAAGUAUUUUUCAUAUUUUUAUAGCAGGUGGGCUAGGUUAGAAGAAAGUAGAAGUGCUUGUGUCUGAGAUUAUCACUGCCAAAUUUUCUGUUGAACAAAUUACCAUAGAAUAAAGACAUAUGGCUUGUGACAA